AUGAGGCUCCUCAACGCGUCUACCCUCGCCCUCGAGGAGUUCUUCGGCAGCGCCGUCCCCGAGUACGCUAUCCUCUCGCACCGCUGGCUCGACGGUGAAGUCUCCCUCCAGGACCUGCAAGCCGGCCGGGCCGCCUCCAAGGCCGGCUACGCCAAGAUCCAGAAGUGCUGUGCGCAAACCCUGCGCGAUGGCCUUGCCUACGCCUGGGUUGACACGUGCUGCAUCGACAAGACGUCAUCAGCCGAGCUCUCCGAGGCCCUCAACUCCAUGUACGCCUGGUACCGCGACGCCGCCCUCUGCUACGCCUUCCUGUCCGACGUACCCGACGCCGCCGCCGUACCCGCCGCGUUCGAGGCCAGCGCCUGGUUCACGCGCGGCUGGACGCUCCAGGAGCUCCUCGCCCCCGCGCACGUCGUCUUCUACGAUGCCGCGUGGGAGGAGCUAGGCACCCGCGACGCCGAGCCCCUCACCGAGCGCAUCGCACUCGCCACCCGCAUCGAUGCCGACGUGCUCCGCGGCGAGGCAGCUGUCACCGACCGCAGUGUCGCGCAGCGCAUGGCCUGGGCUGCCAGCCGCGUCACCACGCGCCCCGAGGACCGCGCCUACAGCCUGCUCGGUCUCUUUGGGGUCAGCAUGCCCACGCUCUACGGCGAGGGCGGCGCGCGCGCGUUCCGCCGCCUACAGGAGGAGAUCAUGAAGGAUUCCGACGACCAGUCGCUGUUUGCGUGGGACGCCGGUGAUGGCGGGGCUCCGGACGAGCGCAGGACCGGCCUGCUCGCGCACUCGCCCGCCGACUUUGCGGGGUGCGCCGACGUCGUCGUCGCCCGCCAGCGCUGGAACCACCAGCCGUACAGCGUGACGAACCGUGGCCUCGCGCUCGAGAUGCCCGUCGUGCCGUGGGGCCCGGAGACGUUCCUGGCCGCGCUGGACUGUGAGAACUACGGCAGCGCUCAGGAUCCCCGUGUCGGUAUCUACCUGCGCAUGCUGCCGGAGGAGGGACAGUACGCGCGCGUGCGUCUCGACAACGAGAACGACGACGACGCUGGCCGGGAAAGUCGCGCGCUGCAGGGGUUCCCGCGGGGCCUGACGCAGACUGUCAAGUACCGCAAGAUAUACGUCCGCCAGACGGACCCCGAGCCGGCGCGGCCGAGGACGAGGCGGACAGCACCAGGCACGUCUUCCCCGACCGCAGCCAGUAGCAGCAGCAACACGACGACCGUCGCCGUCCACGCCAAGACCACCAGCAGCGCUGUCCCUGCCCCCAAGGCCCCCCUGGCUCCCAAGGAGGUAUACGGCUUCUACAUCCGCAAGCUGCCCGUGCGCGUCGUCACCGUGCCCGACCCCGCCGACCCGGACUACCCGCUGUCCGAGGUGUACCUGGCGCCCGGCGGCCGCGCGUGGGACGACUCGGCGCGCGUGGUGACGCUCCCGCCCGGCGGCGGCGGCACCGUCGCCGCGCUGUGGGUGCGCACCAAGACGCGCAGCUACGCGCUCAAGGUCGGCUUCGACGCCGACUUCAACCCGGUCGCGCAGUACGGUGGCAUGCUGUCGAGCCCCGGCGUGCGGCCCCCGAUCGCGCCCAACUCGCCCGAGGCCAUCCUGCACCCGUCGUGGAUGACGGUGCCGCGGAGCGACUACCUCUUCCGCGGGGACCGCCGCGCCGGCGGGCUCCGCCUGGAGGACUUUCCGUGGCGCGUACGCAUCACCCACGAAGUGGUGCUGAGGGAGAAGAUGUGGGUGCUGGACAUUGAGGACAUGGAUUAG